AUGGGUUCCGUGCUCCACUACGCCGUCAGCUGUUCUCUAGCUGGCACUGUCGUAGCACUUUGUGCCACUUACGUUGCCAUCUUCAAUGUCAUAGACGACAUUAACGAAUUUCAGAAUGAAAUUGAAAAGGACCUGGAUCAAUUUAAGAACUUUGCUGACGAUGCUUGGAAAACAAUAAUGAGCACCCAACCGCCUAGAGAGAAGCGAGCCGCGAAAACGAAGAGGGGAUCGCAUUCAAAGAGAGCUUCGUAUUCGGAAGGACCCUGGAGCGGAAGUGAUGCGGCACCUGUAGAAGGCGGCAGUAAUGGAUGUCAAUGUGCUGCCCAGGCUACUGGAUGUCCACCUGGUCCACCAGGACCACCUGGACAGCCUGGGUUGCCUGGGGAGGAUGGUGCUCCGGGAAUUCCAGGAGGCAGCGGCUCAGCUGGGCAAGCGGCGCAAAUGGCAGGUUCGAUGGGAUGCAUCACUUGCCCAGUCGGUCCACCCGGUCCACCAGGACCAGAUGGACCACCAGGACCAGCUGGACCAAGUGGAAAUCCGGGUAUGGACGGACAAGGUGGAGAAGGAGGUGCCCCUGGACCAGCUGGAGCUCCCGGCGCACCAGGAAUGGAUGGCAAACCUGGAAUGCCCGGAAUGGAUGGAGCACCCGGAAAUCCAGGGACUCGAUCAAUGAGCAUGCCGGGACCUAUGGGUCCACCGGGACCACCAGGAGCAUCCGGUAUGCCAGGAAUGGAUGGUGAUCAUACAGGAGUGGGGGCACCUGGACCUGCAGGACCACCUGGGCCACCCGGACAAUCCGGAGCACCUGGAAUGGCUGGGAGUGCGGGACAGGCUGGAGCCAGUGGAGUACCAGGACAUGAUGGAGCAUAUUGUCCUUGCCCUCCUAGAACUGGUUCUGGAUUUGGCGGAGCCGUCGGUGGAGGUGGCCAGUCCUAUACUCCAUACAAGAGGAGGGCGCGUCUAUGA